UCAGCCACUCCGAUAUAGAACCAACCUUACACGGACGCAGGCGCGGCGGGGCGAGCGUCGAGCAGCGUGAGGGCCGGCGCAUGCGUGUUCCCGAUACUCUGAGGCCGUGCGGAAGUAGCAAGUACGGUAGAGGGACAACGUUGUUGUGUUGCUAUGGGUUAGGCUAGUCGGAAGGAGAAUGGAGUGUGACUUCUGCUUCGAGGACUCAUUGUUCUCGGACACCAAGGAUCGAACGGCGGAGACAGGGCGGCCGUACACAGCCAAGCGGUGUGAGCCCCAGUGGUUUACAGAAGAUGUGAAUAAUGAUGACUUUAUUGAUGUGCCCACAACACUGAAAUUCAGAGCCGAUUUAUCUUACAGACAGGAAGCGUUUCAGAGAGCACUUAAUGAGUACAGUGACUGCUAUGUGCUAUUGCCGCCAGCUAACAACGCCAUGAGAAGAGAUGUCCAGGAGAGUCAGGCGCGCUGUUUAAUUCGCUUGGGGAGAUACAAAGAAGCUUUGGAUAUUGCAGAUAUACUGAUAAAAGGAGUAAGUAACACCGAUCACUUGACAGGGUCCUUGAAUCUCCAUGCAACCAUUUACAGCUGUAUGGGGAACCUACAAGAAGUGGUGUCCUGUUUGCAACAGCUGAUUUCCUUGCACCCAUUGAAUCCACACUUCUGGAUAGGUCUAGCGGAAACCUACAUGAGUCUUUUCCUUGCUGCCAGUGACUGUGGAGCUAUAUCAGAGUGUUCCAAGAAUAAUGUAUCUUCAGAGAGUUCAGAUUCUUUAAAAGGCCCUCUCAGGACCAUGGACAUAUUAAACUGCAGAGAUGCCAAAAUAAAACCGGGACACUGUAAUGAAAAUGAUGAGUGUCCUUCUUCAACAAAAGACUGCGUAACUACAAAACAACUGUGGAUGUGGUCAUGUGCAUCAUUCAUUAGAGCAAGGCUUCUCUUGCAGUUUGUACAGCCACAACAUGCAUCGUUUGUAUUGGAAAAUAAUCUGAACACACAAGAUCAAAUAGAAAUUCAACUGAACAAGUUUGGAAUAGUAGAAGAAUCUAAAAUGGUCUUAGCUGAGGUCAUGGGUGAAGAUCUUUCAGCAGAAAGAAUAAAGGACGAUGGACAGAUUGACAUAAAAACUACUCAGACGUUGAGCUCUUUUACAAUGCCAACUGUUGAGGAGUUCAGGGUCAGAUGGUUUCAUAAGAGUGACUCGCUACUAGUCCAUGCAUAGAGAUUGUGACAAAAUGUGCAUUAUAAAAUAGAACUACGACUUCUUGGUCACAGGCUGAGUCAGGAGUUGAGACAAUUUGGUAAAUCGGUAAAUGCAGUCUUGGCUCCCCUAUGAUCACUGACAUUACAGGAUUGUGGAUCUGAAAUGUUUGUACUCUAGGCACCAUUGUUGGACUGUAUGAUCAGGCACUUGGAUAUGUACUGCAUCCACCCCAUCAGUUGCCGCCUUUCUUGUCCCCUGUACAGAGUUAAUGGAGAAAAUAAAGUAUGUAGGUCGCAUCUUGGUAGUGUGGACUGCCGUGGGGGAUUGACUUGGACUGACUUCUAUGUUGUCUAAACUCCGGCAUAUUUCUGGUCUGCUUGUAUGAUUAAGAUCUUUUCUCUAGCAUCCAUAAGGGAUAUUGGGGGAAUCUAGUACAAUGGGGUAUAGAUGGGGUCCAAAGGAGCCGGUACCCCAUCGUACUAGAUUCGCCCAAUAUACCUUAUGGACUACGAGAAAAGGAUUUACCGGUAGGUAAUUAAAAUCCUAUUUUAAAAAAAUACUAAUUUAGGACUAUGGUUACUUAAUAUUGUUAGAGAAAUUGGGGGAGAUGUAUCGAGCCUUAUUGAGACUGAAAUUGAUUCUAGCAUUCAGCUUCUACCUAUCAUUUUAUAAAAUGUAUUCCACUUCUUCACUACUUAGGAUGAUUGAUGCAUCUCCUCCAUUAUCUCGCAUACGACAAAUGUGACUUCAUACAUCUAGACUCCAUAUUCCAUGCAGUAUGAGAUGCCUGGAGCGAUUGAGUGGCCAUGUUCUGUGUGACUUGGCUUUCGCCUCUUUUUUGCAUCCUUUUCAUCCAAAAAUGUGUCUUAAGCUGGGUACACACAGGAGCGAUAUCGGCCCGAUUUAUGUAGUUUCUGGCCAAACCAGAGCAACCGAUCGGUCAGAUGGUUUAGUAUAUCCGGCCAAUCUGCCCGCAACAGUUAGCGUUAUGAUCCAGUUGGCCGUGCUGCACAGCUGACCGGACAAUAUCGCAUGCGGGGCCAUGUAGUGCAAUGAAGGCCUGAGCGAGGGCUCAUUCCGUCCUUUAUUAAAUCGUUCUGAUGUGUACUAUGGAUAUGAUAUGUUGGCCGCCAAAUCGUCUGGGUACACAAUGCUCUAUCUAGGGUAUACCCAGUCUUAGUCGUAAAUGGAUGCGAUAACAUCUUCACAUUUUCAGGUGAAAAAGAAACCCCACAAGACCUGGCAUGCGAAAAGAGCUGUUUGGUGUGAUUGCAGCAAUGGUGUAUGAGGAUCUGUAUAUUACAAUUAUACCACAACAGCUCACCGCUGCCGCUCAGUUGAUUAGUACAUAUUGGGGGUAAUUCUGAGUUGAUCGCAGCAGGAAUUUUUUUAGCAGUUGGGCAUAACCAUGUGCACUGCAGGGGGGGCAGAUAUAACAUGUGCAGAGAGAGUUAGAUUUGAGUGGGUUAUUUUGUUUCUGUGCAGGGUAAAUACUGACUGCUUUAUUUUUACACUGCAAUUUAGAUUGCAGAUUGAACUCGCCACACCCAAAUUUAUCUCUCUCUGCACGUUAUAUCUGCCCCCCCUGCAGUGCACAUGGUUUUGCCCAAUUGCUAACAAACUAACUGCUGCGAUCAACUCAGAAUUACCCCCAUUGUUUCAUGCUUAACAACAUGUACGGUUAUGUAGGAUAAUUAUUUAUAAGUGAUGCUUUGUGUUAUUUAUAAAAAAAAAAUAUAUUGUUUCUUUUAUAUAAUUGGAAUAAAUAUGGAAGUCUG